UCCAGGCUGCAGGGUUGGGAGCUCCCGGCAGCACCUCUGGGAUUUCAAACCCUCCUGAUUUUUCCUCCCUCUGUGUGCAGGCGUGUGGGGACUGGGUGGACAGAGCCCAGGAGGGGGGAGAGCUGCGGCAGGGACCCCGAAAUCACACCUGCGGCAACGGCUGGUGAGCAGGAGCACGGCUGCAGCAGGGAUUUCCCAGUAAACAUUUGGGAAGGGGAUGGCGCAGCUUCUGGCCCCACCAGCAUGAACACAAGGUGCCUUUUCUUGCGCACGGUGGAGAACAGCCGCCCCGGGGAGCAGCGGGGACCGUUCCUGGAUGGCAGCCGGCAUCCUUCAGCGGGCGUACUUAAGGCCGAGCUCCCCCCGGGGCCGGGGCAGAGGAGCGCUCGCCACAGACACCCGCCCGCAGCCCGCGGCUCGCUCCGGACCGGGGAGAUGCUGCCCGCCACGUCCAAGCUCUGCGCUGCCAUUUCCUACCGGCACCUGCGCAACAUGACCGGUCUGAGAAGACAAGCCGCUGUUGCCAUCAGCCAGGAGCUGAGCAAGCUCGCCUGCCGCAGCACGGGACCUGGCACGUGGGUUAACCAGGUUCGCAGAAGAAGCUCCUUGCUCAGCUCGAGGCUGGAGGAGAAGCCCUUUAGCGAGAUGGAAAUGUCUUACAUCAAGCAAGGAGAGGAAGCCCUCCAGAAAUCACUCAGCAUCCUCGGGGACCAGGACGGCUGGAAGACAGAGACGGUGCUGGGUAACGGAGACAGAGUGCUGAGCAAGGUGCUCCCCGACACGGGCAAGGUGUUCCGACUCGAGGUGGUGGUGGAGCAGCCCCUGGACGCGGUGUACAGCGAGCUGGUGGACAACAUGGAGCAGAUGGGGGACUGGAAUCCCAACGUCAAAGAAGUCAAGAUUCUCCAGAAGAUUGGAAAGGACACGGUGAUCACCCACGAGAAGGCGGCCGCCGCCCCCGGUAACAUUGUUGGACCACGGGACUUUGUGAGUGUCCGGUGCUCCAAGAGACGUGGCUCCACCUGCGUCCUGGCCGGCACGUCCACGAAACACGGGGCUAUGCCCGAGCAGGAAGGAUUUAUAAGAGCGGAGAACGGCCCCACCUGCAUGAUCCUGCGCCCGCUGCCCGGCAGCCCGUCGCACACCAAGCUGGUCUGGCUGCUCAGCAUCGACCUGAAGGGCUGGCUGCCGAAGACCCUCAUCAACCAGGUCCUGUCCCAGACCCAGGUCGACUUCGCCAACCACCUCCGGGAGCGCCUGGCCCGGACAGCGGCCGGGAGCUGCUGACCCCAGCGACUGGGGAGGGGGGGGGGACGCUGCCAGCAGGAGUGGAGCCUUGGAAUGGUGUGAGACAGACACAGGUGGAUCCAAGGCCUUGGCUAAUUAGCGCAGGCUGGAGUAGUAGACACCACUAAUUGAGCGUCUCAAUAAAUAAGUAAAGCUUUAUUUAUUGAAACUAAGUGUCAGGCCCCUGCAACCUCCCCCAGUCAGCCAGCACCUGCUUAGUGUGCAAGUGCACAGGACCACAAGCCUGAGGGCUGUUGGUCCUGCCUCUGCUCUGCUGAGCAGGUGCUGGCUCACUCAGGCCCCUGCAACCUCCCUAAAUAAAUGAAGUUUUAAGCAGUGGUGUCUACUACUGCAGGCCUUGCCUAAUUAGGGAGGUCCCAGACACCUGACAGGGAAGGCAGGAGGACCAGCACCUGGACUCCCUGAACCUCAAAUUUUAUUCCCCUCCUUCCCCCAAAACAUGGGGUUAUUCCCUUCUCCCCUCCGUGAAGCAGCUCUAAUUUAUUUCUCCUGUAUAGACACACACACAAAGUGUCAAAUUAUUUAUUCAUUCAAAGCUUUGCACAGCUUCAUCUUGAGAAAUCUCCGAGUGUAGCUAAUUUGAGUUUAAAUCUCAUUCAUAACAAGUCACAAGAAAAAAAAAAAGAGUUAAAGCCUUUAUUUUUAAACUGGUUUCCAGUUUGUGGGGAAAAAAAAAAAUAGUUUGGACAGAAGCCCAAAUUUCAGUCUUACAUGCAGUAGUCUUGUUACAACACCCUCCUCCUGGCUGGAAGCAGUUGUUUACAAUCAGCCCAAAGAGCUGAGCAGAAGGGCCAGUGCUGCUUCUGCAGGUGUGUGUGUACAGCAGGGAGGUCCAACUCCAGCCCGCUCUCACUGAACAAACGACUGUUACAACCCAGGUACAGCACAGGAGAAGUGACCUCAAUACAAUACUUGCUGCUUCAGCUAGCUACACUGUAAGAGUUCCUGAAGACUCGGUGAGAUGCCCACAAGCAGCACAAUACAUACUAGAACUGCAGUCACUUAGACUCCAGCACAGCGGUAGAGUGUGGCUUCAGCAGGUACCAGAUACACAGAACACCUGCCAGCAAGAGCUGGGUUGGCUUCAGCUUGUCUGCUCGGUGGCUGGUUGCUCUGAGUGCUGCACGUCCCUCUGUAAUAAAAACCACUUGACUGGC